CCUACAAUAUUGCCCGUCCCCAUCUCUAGAACCUUCAAUGCCCUGCCACAAGUGGCAACAAAAUGGUGGACACUAGGCUCGACCCUUGAUUGGCAGCAGCCUCCCUGACACAGCACACAGCCGCGGCAGCAGGGCGAUCCAAUCGACGCGAUGGCUAUUCCAGCCCACCUCCUGAGAGGCCCUUCUCGCCCCUCGAGCUCCUUCACUGCCAAGGAAAGAGGGGGGUGGCCACAGGAAUGGAGCCGGCCCAGCUGGCGGUUCGACCACUCGCUGCGCCAAUCUGGGGGAGCAACCACCCAAUGCGAGAAUGCAAGCACCCCCUGUCAAUGAACCCCCCCAGAUCCUGGUCCGAUUCCCCAGCUAGUUUCUCAAGCAAGGUACCGCACCGUCCCGUGCAGCAGCACAUAUUCGUUCCCCCAUCCCCCUCUUGUAACCUUGCCUCUGGAACUCGCCACUCCUUGAACUUGCACACACACUCACACACACACACGCUCCCUCAACCUGGACUUUUAACUCUCACGAACCGCAAACACCGACGGAUCGAUCCCUCAGAGACACCCCAAGCACACAAACCCUCGAAAAUGAAGACCUCGGCCGUCCUCGCAGCCCUGGCGCUCGCCGUCGCCACCAACGCGCAAACAGCCGGCGACCUGCCCAAGUGCGCUCAAGACUGCGCGAACCAGUUCCUCCUGAGCGGCAUCGGCAACUGCGGCCGCGACCCAAAGUGCAUCUGCUCCAACCAGUCCUUCAUCAGCGACAUCUCGUGCUGCCUCGCCAAGCCCGGCGGCUGCGGCGCCGACGACCAGAAGAAGGCCAUUACUUUCGCCGCCCAGUUGUGCCAGGCCAACGGCGUCACCGUGCCGAACGAGGUUGUCUGCAACAGCAACAAUAACAACAACAACAACAACAACGGCACCACCACGGGCGGCGGCUCCGGAGGCAGCAGCACCACCAGCGGCACUACUCCUGCCGUCACCUCGUCGUCGAGGGCUUGGGCCGCCCCGCGCCAGACGGGCGCCGCCGCCGUCGGCCUGCUCGGCGGCCUGGCUGCCGCCGCCGUUCUGCUGUAAAGAUUUUGCGUGAAGGAAUGGGGAUUCGGAGAAGGAGAGGGGCACGUAAUGUGUGGGAGGGUGUUGUAAUGUACUACUAAUAUUAGCUUGGAGUCGUUGCUUUCUCGUGUUUUGCGUCAAGCCAGAAAGAAGACGGCGACGAUAUUCUAGCAUGCUCCCGUCCAGG